GUACGAUUGCCUUCCCCAUUCAUGAUUAGAGGUAUAUUUGCUGUUAUUAACAGCCGGCCAGCGAUGGAGACUGGAAGUCACAGUCACGGCCAAACAAAACCGCUUGCUAAAUCCUACCGCGACAACGUUAUCAGUGACAGUGAGUGUCGACAAAUAGUGGAAAAUGCCCUCGGGAAGGGUGCAUUCAGCAUCGUUUCCUACAGCCUGGAUAAAAUCCCCGGACAUCUCGGAUUUCUCGGUGAAUACUUUUCACUGACGGUGAUAGUGCUGAAGGAUGGCGGAAGUCAAAGUACUGAAAAGUAUUUCGUCAAAUCCCUUCCUCUCGGGGAUGAAAAUCAGCGGGCUAUGAUGGAAGAACUUGGAUUCUUCCGGAAAGAAGUUCUUGUUUACUCGAAAAUUCUGGCCAAAUUUGUCGAUGGGAAGGAAGGAAGUCACAAAUGGCGCCCGAAUUGUUACUUUACACGUGAUGACCUAAUCGUUCUGGAAGAUUUGAAAUGGCGACAGAGUUUCAGUAUGAUCCAUUUCAAAACUGCACUGGAGAAACCUUUUCUAUAUCUAGUGCUUGAGAAUGUAGCGCAGAUGCAUGCUGAAUCGCUAAAUUAUGAAAAGAAUAUUGUUCAAGGAAAACGCUUAGAUGACAUUCAUGCAGAUGUUUUGAAGGAAAUUUCGGUGCAACGGAAAAAUGGAUGGUUUGUUGCUGGACUUAAGGCCAUCAAAGCUAUUGCGUUGAACAGAACUAGAUACAGUAAAAUUCCGGAAAACAAACGGCAAAUCGAGAGUGAGAUCGAUGGAAAAUUGAACCAAAUAUUCGAAUUAGUGAAACCAACGACCACGUUUCAGAGUACGCUCGUUCACAGAGACAUCUGGUUAAACAACUUGAUGUUUUCCUUCGAGAAAGAUUCCAGUGGAAAUGACAAGCUCGAUGCGCCGGAGGCUUGUAUGUUGAUAGAUUUUCAAAUCUGCCGUUAUCUACCUCCUUGCAUUGACGUUCUUCAACUGUUGCAUAUGACCACGCGCAGAAAACAACGUGACGCACAUCUCGAUCAGUAUCUAGAGUUUUACUAUGAGAAGUUCAGCUCGAAGUUGCGCAGUUUCAAUCUCGAUCCGGAGAAAACUCUCAGCUGGUCCGAGUUCCAAACCAGUAUGGAUCAUUACCGGAUGAUUCCCCUAACUUUUGCCGUCAUUUACCUGGCCCUGACUAACCUUCCCGAGAAUGUUUUGGACGAUCUACACAACUCGGAUCCGGAUCGUUAUCAUUACGUUUGCAAUAUCGAUCGGGAUGAGUUUGUUCUGCAGUACAUGGAUAGUGAUGAAUUCUAUCGCGAAACGAUGACCGAAUGCGUGGAGGAGUUGUUGGAGUUCUUUUUCGGUUUUAAAAUUGACAAAAGAGCUCCAUUUUAAAAUUUCUUUUUUAUAUGAACAGAAAACAAAAAUCAACAAGUUUGAAAUAAAAUAGCUUUAUCUUAGAACAA